AUGGGACUUCAUGAGAGCAUGAGUCGUUUUGUUCUUGUUCUUUCACUGUCUUGCUUCUUCUCAAGUGUCUGUCUGGCUCAGGAGAGAGCUUCCUUUUCCGGCAACCUCAGUGAUUCUCAGGCGAUAGUCUCCAGCUUCCGCACGUUCAGGUUCGGUUUCUUCAGCCCUGUUAACUCCACAAGUCGGUAUGCGGGUAUAUGGUAUAACAGCGUCUCUGAACAAACUGUGAUAUGGGUCGCUAACAAAGAUAAGCCGCUCAACGACUCCUCUGGAGUUAUCUCGGUGUCUGAAGAUGGAAACCUCGUAGUUACUGAUGGUCAGAGGCGUGUUCUAUGGUCAACUAACGUCACUGUCACUACUCGAGGCCGCGGCAAUUCUACUGUAGUUGAGCUUUUGGAUUCAGGGAACCUCGUGCUGAAAGAUGCUAACAGCGAUGAGUAUCUUUGGGAGAGUUUCAAGUAUCCUACUGAUUCUUGGCUACCAAAUAUGUUGGUAGGAACAAACGCAAGAACCGGAGGAGGGAACAUCACAGUAACUUCUUGGAAAAGCCCUUCAGAUCCUUCGCCGGGAAGCUACACUGCUGCACUUGUUCUUGCUGCAUAUCCAGAGCUCUUCAUCUUGAACAACGAUAAUAAUAAUGCUACGGUGUGGCGCAGUGGUCCAUGGAACGGCCAGAUGUUUAACGGUUUGCCAGAUGUGUAUGCCGGAGUCUUUCUUUACAGAUUCAUAGUUAAUGAUGAUACCAAUGGAUCAGUCACCAUGUCAUAUGCUAAUGAUUCAACUCUAAGAUACUUCUACAUGGAUUAUAGAGGAUCUGUGAUCAGGAGAGAUUGGAGUGAGGCUAGGAGAAACUGGACGGUGGGGUUACAAGUUCCAGCAACAGAGUGUGAUAUCUACAGAAGAUGUGGCCAGUUUGGUACCUGCAAUCCCCGGGAAAACCCACCUUGUUCUUGCAUCAGAGGGUUUACGCCAAGGAAUCUCAUAGAGUGGAACAAUGGAAACUGGAGUGGUGGAUGCAUAAGAAAGGUCCCAUUGCAGUGUGAAAGACAGAACAACAAUGGGAGUGCUGAUGGGUUUCUGAGGCUUAGGCGGAUGAAACUGCCUGACUUUGCAAGGAGAUCCGAAGCUAGUGAACCAGAAUGCUUAAGGACUUGUUUGCAGACGUGUUCUUGUAUUGCUUGUGCUCAUGGAUUAGGUUAUGGCUGCAUGAUUUGGAAUGGAAGCUUAGUUGACUCACAGGAGUUGUCUGCUAGUGGAAUGGAUCUUUAUAUCCGCCUUGCACAUUCAGAAAUCAAAACACCGGACAGGCGACCUGUUAUCAUCGGAACAUCAUUGGCAGGUGGUAUUUUUGUUUUGACAGCUUGUGGUCUUUUGGCUCGUCGGAUUGUCAUGAAGAAGAGAGAGCGAAAGAAAGGAACAGAUGCAGAGAAGAUUUUUGAGAGAGUAGAAGCUUUAGCUGGUGGUGAUAAAGGAAAGUUGAAAGAGCUACCGUUGUUUGAGUUUCAAGUGUUGGCUGCAGCGACUAACAAUUUCUCUCUGAGGAAUAAGCUUGGACAAGGCGGGUUUGGUCCUGUUUACAAAGGGAAGUUGCAAGAAGGGAAAGAGAUUGCUGUGAAGAGGCUGUCAAGAGCAUCAGGACAAGGGCUUGAGGAACUUGUUAAUGAAGUGGUUGUGAUUUCUAAGCUGCAACAUCGAAAUCUGGUGAAGUUACUUGGCUGUUGCAUUGCAGGAGACGAAAGGAUGUUAGUCUAUGAGUUCAUGCCCAAGAAAAGCUUAGACUAUUAUCUGUUUGACCCAAUGAGGGCAAAACUUCUUGAUUGGAAGACACGUUUUAACAUAGUCAAUGGAAUAUGCAGAGGUCUUCUGUACCUUCACAGAGAUUCUAGGCUGAGAAUCAUUCAUAGAGACCUAAAAGCUAGCAACAUCUUGUUAGAUGAGAAUCUGAUUCCGAAAAUAUCUGAUUUUGGGCUGGCUAGGAUUUUCCCAGGGAAUGAAGAUGAAGCAAACACCAGAAGGGUCGUUGGAACAUACGGCUAUAUGUCACCGGAAUAUGCAAUGGGAGGACUGUUUUCAGAAAAGUCUGAUGUUUUCAGUUUAGGAGUGAUACUCUUAGAGAUUGUCAGUGGAAGAAGAAACUCAAACUCGACACUUUUAGCUUAUGUCUGGUCAGUCUGGAACGAAGGGGAGAUUAAUGGUUUGGUAGAUCCUGAGAUCUUUGAUCCAGUCUUUGAGAAAGAAUUACGGAAAUGCGUCCACAUUGGUCUUUUGUGUGUGCAAGAAGCUGCUAACGAUAGGCCAAGUGUUGCUACAGUGUGUUCGAUGCUCAGCAGCGAGAUUGCAGACAUUCCAGAACCGAAACAGCCUGCUUUUGUAACAAGGAACGGUGGUGUCUCAGAAGCAGAGUCCUCUGAGAACAGUGACCUUAAAGCAUCUAUCAACGAUAUCACCAUCUCCGAUGUAUCAGGGCGUUAA